ACAAUGUGCCACUGAGUGUGCCGUCCGUUUCACAGUCCUAGUCCGAUUCCGAAACUGAACUAGUUCCGAGUYUGAUUUCUAGUCUGAGUGACGAUAAAAAACGAUAAUACAAAAUAAAAUAAAACCCCCGAAAUGCGUGGACUGCAACUYUUAUCCAAAACGAUCAGACCGGCGAUGGCGUUGCACCGGCACAGCAGCAGCAGCUCGUCCAAGGCGGCGAAUUUCGAUCUCGGCGGAGUGUUCGUGCCCAUACCCACUCCUUACAGGGCAAACGGAGACAUCGACUACGGAGCGUUGGCGUUCAAUUUCGAGCGAUGGGAAAAAAUACCAUUCAGAGGUUACUGUGUGGGUGGAUCUAAUGGUGAAGGACCAUAUUUAAAAGCYGAAGAAAAAAUAGAAAUGGUGUCUAAAAUUCGAUCUAUGAUUGGAAAAGAAAAAUUACUGAUAGCGGGGACAACAUGUGAAUCGACUAAGCUGACGUGCGACCUUAGUAAAGCCGCGGCUGAAGUUGGAGCAGACGGAGUUUUGGUGAUGAGUCCUUUCUAUUUCAAAACCAGAAUGACGGAGGACUCUUUGUACGAGCAUUUCGCAUCGGUGGCCGACUCGUGUCCUGUUCCGGUCAUAGUGUACAACAUGGUGCCCGUGACCGRUAUCGACCUCAGCGUCGAAGUACUGAAGAAAAUGUCCGRACAUCCGAACAUMGUUGGCGUUAAGGAUAAAGACAUGGGAAAACUCGCAGCGCUGGUCAACGAAACGCGAGACCAGAGAUUUCAAAUCGUUGCCGGGUCGGCGAGUUAUUUACUGGCCGCCAUGCUUGUCGGAUGCUCAGGUGGAAUAAACGGCCUGGCCGCUGUGCUCGGCGAACCGUUGUGCAAGAUGCACGAACUGGCUGUGGCUGGUCGAUGGCACGAGGCUUUGGAAUUGCAAAGGAAACUCGUCAAUAUCGAUUUGCUGCUGAUGCAAGAAUGUGGACCAGCCGGUCUCAAAGCAGCGAUGGAACUGUUGGGCUACAGAGGAGGCUUGUGUCGAUCUCCGUUGCCACCGAUUAGCACCGAGAAAGUUGGGAAAAUCAAACGGACACUGGAAAAUGAUGGGUUUUUGUGAUGAGACAAAACAAAAACAAACGAACAAUUUACACAGAUUCAUAUAUUAUUAUAUAUCUUAAUUCUUUUUAAUACAAACAAAAGUCAAUACAUUAUUUUAUACAAGUACAUACAAUUAAUAAGAUAAUUAUAUCGACAUAUUAACUUACGAUACAAUGUAAAUAUACAUUUUUCUAAAUAAAUUAAAUACAAAACUAAUAUUUUAGGAAUAAACACAUAAUAUUAUCAUAUAUUAUAUUCAUGAGAAGCAUUUAUAAUAACUUCACGGAGUAAAGGAAACCGCGAAUAAAAAUCAUUGUAAAAUGUCGGCUCAACAUUUUGAAAAGUAUAGAUGUUUACAUUAUGUUUAAAAACACUAAAUUUUUUUUCGAUAUUUUUUUGCUAUGGCACGUUUAAGAGUCUAGGUAAUAAUAUGUUCAACACACUUCAUAGUAUAAAAGACGAGUUACACAAAAAUCAUAGCAUUUAAAAAUUCAAGAAUAGACAAGUUAAAAAGUUUAUGAUGAAAAAAUAACAUUACUAUUAUUAAUUAAUUAUCA